AUGUCCACUGCUAACAUCGACCCCGCCGUCCUGGCUGCUCGACGCGCCCACGAGCACACGAUCGACUUGUCCAAGCUGCCGAAGAACCUCGACAUGUCGGCGGGCAACAUCACCCAGAACGUGAUUGCAGUGAACAACAACAGUGAGAAUCCGCGGCUCAAGUUCAUCAUGAACAAUUUGGUGACCCACCUGCACGACUUUGUGCGCGAGACCGCGAUCACGACCGAGGAGUGGAUGACCGCGCUCCUUUUCUUGACCAAGACUGGACAGAUGUGCACCGACAUCCGGCAGGAGUUCAUCCUGCUCUCGGACAUCCUCGGCGUCUCUGCGCUUGUCGACUCGAUGAACCACGCCAAGCCGCCCGGCGCGACCGAGUCCACGGUGCUCGGCCCCUUUUUCACGACCGAUGCGUUGGACUUUGAGAACGGGGAGAGCAUCGCGUCGGAAGGCAAGGGAGAGUACAUGUGGGUCCAAGGCAAGGUGCUCGACACCAAGGGCAAUCCGAUCCCCAACUGCGUCAUCGACACCUGGGAAACGGACAGCGACGGGCUCUACGACACUCAGUACUCGAACCGCGGAGGCCCUGACUGCCGCGGUCGUCUCCGCACCACCGACGACGGGUCUUUCUUCUACCGCGCAGUCGUUCCGGUGUCGUAUCCCAUCCCGGCCGAUGGACCCGCCAAAGGACUGCUCGACGCGCUCGGCCGCCACGGCUUCCGGCCGGCUCAUCUGCACAUGGUGCUCGAAGCGCCCGGAUUCGAGAAGCUCGUGACGGCGUUGUAUCCCGACGGCGACCCGUACAUCUACAGCGAUGUUGUGUUCAGUGUCAAGACCAGUCUGAUCAAGGAACUGACGACGGAGACCGAUCCCGAGCUGACACGGGCGCGCGGGUUCCAGAACGAGACGAGCCACAAGGUGCUGACGUACAAUUUUGUGCUUGCCACGGUGGAAGAAGCGGCCCAGGCCAAGGCGCAGACGAUGAAGGCUGCGUCGGGGACCGCGUGAAGGGAAAACAAAGCGAAACUUUUAUAAAUGUGUCCAGAUCCUUUCAACACACAAUCUGUCGAAAU